AUAAUAAGCUGUGAAAAUCACCAAAAUCGUAACGCUACCAAACGCUUUUUGCACUUAUCUUAUUCCAGGAAUCCCGAAUUUGGAAUCAUCAUAGACAGCGAAGGAAUCCUCUGUAUUCUCUAUAUCCUUGCUUGAGAUUCCCAUAAAAUCAAUUCUUCCUUCGAAUCCUCUCCCCUAUACCUUUGUCGUCUCUGCAGCAUCGAGUGAUGGCUGUUACUGUUCGGCAAAUGUCUCUAAUCGUUGGGACUCUUGGGGUUCUGUCCUUCAUUUUUGGGGUAAUCGCAGAAAAUAAGAAGCCUAUAGCUGGAACUCCCAUCACUGGUAAAGGUGUGGUUGUUUGCAAGUAUCCAUCUGAUCCUUCAGUUGCUUUGGGAUAUCUCUCUUUCGCGUUCCUAAUGGCAUCUACAGUGGCUGGUUUUCUCUCUCUAUUUUAUCCUUACAAAGGAAAAUCUGUUCCUCAGUCUGCUCUGUUUCGAAGCACCAGUUUUCUUGUAUUCGUCAACAUUGCCUUGUUCAGUGCAGGAUUAGCAGCUGCUUUGCUGUUAUGGCCAACAAUCACAGAGCAGCUUCACUUGAGUCGCAAUGUCCAUCACAAUCUUGAGACAGAUUGCCCCACUGCUAAGACUGGUCUGCUAGGGGGUGGUGCUUUUGUUUCUCUUGAUUCAGCCCUCUUUUGGUUAGUUUCCCUUAUGUUAGUUGAUAAUGCUCGUGAGGAUUACUUUGAUGAGGUGGAGAAAGAUAGCAAGGGUGAGCAUGGAGAGAUUCUUACUGAUGAUUAUGGUGCACCUGCAUAUCUCAAGGGCACUGCAUAAAAGCACAAAGGCAUGAACUCAACUCUAUUUUCUGUUUCAGACAUUUCCAUAGCGCAUAUAAAUAUUCAGUAGGCAUAAAGGGACAACGUAAAAUGAGAUACUCUGGGACAAGUGUUGCUUGAGGGGAAUUUCUUGCUUAGGCUGGAUUUGCAUGGACUCGAGACCUAAAUACAUAGGAUUUCAUGAUUAAUUUUCUAUCUUGUCUUCACAUAGAUCCGUCUAAAUAAAUUGUUGGAUGCUUGAGAUACAAUGAAUUUUUAUUUUGAUUUUCUUUUUUA